GAAGACUUACCCCUCGUCACUUUGCAGCCACUCGGAUAGCAGGUGUGGAGUAAUAAAAUUUGUCCCUGUGAGCGGGUGAGUGCAUUUAGCAACGCCUGUCAGCCUCUAUUAAGCGAGAACAGCGCUUGUCCCGCUGAACCGGUAGAGGGCGCCGCGGAGCUGUUGAAGACCAUGUGGUUCCGCGCGGGCCUUCCAGAACACUCCGCUCGCGCUGUCACAUGAUCUGCGGAGUGAAAGUGCCAUUCACACUAUUGCAUGAGAUGCCUGAACCACACGAUCAGCCCAUGGAGGAAGAGGUGGAGACCUUUGCCUUUCAGGCAGAGAUUGCUCAGCUGAUGUCCCUGAUCAUCAACACUUUCUAUUCCAAUAAAGAGAUUUUCCUAAGAGAGCUCAUCUCUAACUCUUCAGAUGCACUUGAUAAAAUCCGAUAUGAGAGUCUCACAGAUCCAUCCAAGCUUGAUUCUGGGAAAGAACUGAAGAUUGACAUCAUUCCCAACAAAGAGGAACGCACACUCACGCUCAUUGACACAGGCAUUGGGAUGACCAAGGCUGACCUGAUCAACAACCUGGGUACCAUUGCCAAGUCAGGUACCAAAGCCUUCAUGGAAGCCUUGCAGGCAGGGGCUGAUAUCUCCAUGAUUGGUCAGUUCGGUGUUGGUUUCUACUCUGCAUACUUGGUGGCUGAGAAGGUGACAGUCAUCACAAAGCACAAUGAUGAUGAGCAGUAUGCCUGGGAAUCUUCUGCUGGAGGCUCCUUCACAGUCAGAGUGGACACGUCUGAACCGCUGGGCCGUGGCACAAAAGUGGUCCUGCAUUUGAAGGAGGACCAAACAGAAUACCUUGAGGAACGUAGGAUCAAGGAAAUAGUGAAGAAACACUCCCAGUUCAUUGGCUAUCCCAUCACUCUCUAUGUGGAGAAAGAACGUGAUAAGGAGGUGAGUGACGACGAGGCUGAGGAGGAGAAAGAGAAAGACAAGGAAGAGAAAGAGGAAAAGAGUGAGGACAAGCCAGAGAUUGAAGAUGUGGGUUCAGAUGAGGAGGAGGAUGAGAAGAAAAGCACUGACAAAAAGAAGAAAAAGAAGAUCAAGGAGAAGUACACUGACAAGGAAGAGCUGAAUAAAACAAAGCCCAUUUGGACAAGGAACCCUGAUGACAUCACCACAGAGGAGUAUGGCGAGUUCUACAAGAGCCUUACCAAUGACUGGGAGGACCAUUUGGCUGUAAAGCACUUCUCAGUGGAGGGCCAGCUGGAGUUUAGGGCCCUGCUGUUUGUGCCCAGGCGUGCACCCUUUGACCUGUUUGAGAACAAGAAGAAAAAGAACAACAUUAAGCUGUAUGUGCGCAGAGUUUUCAUCAUGGACAACUGUGAAGAACUCAUCCCUGAAUAUCUCAACUUCAUCAGAGGUGUGGUGGAUUCCGAGGACCUUCCACUCAACAUAUCAAGAGAGAUGCUGCAGCAAAGUAAAAUCCUGAAAGUGAUCCGCAAAAACCUGGUGAAGAAGUGCCUGGAGCUCUUCACAGAACUGGCCGAGGACAAGGACAACUACAAGAAAUUCUACGAACAGUUCUCAAAGAACAUCAAGCUUGGAAUCCAUGAAGAUUCACAGAACCGCAAGAAGCUGUCUGAGCUGUUGAGGUAUUACACUUCCGCUUCUGGCGACGAGAUGGUUGCGCUCAAAGACUAUGUGACCCGAAUGAAGGACAAUCAGAAGCACAUCUACUACAUCACUGGUGAGACGAAGGAGCAGGUGGCCAACUCUGCCUUUGUAGAACGCCUCCGCAAGGCUGGACUUGAAGUGAUCUACAUGAUUGAGCCCAUUGAUGAAUACUGUGUCCAGCAGCUCAAAGAAUUUGAUGGAAAGAACCUGGUGUCUGUUACCAAGGAGGGUCUGGAACUGCCUGAGGAUGAAGAGGAGAAGAGGAGGCAGGAGGAGAAGAAAGCAAAGUUUGAGAAUCUUUGUAAGAUCAUGAAGGACAUCCUGGAGAAGAAAGUGGAAAAGGUCACAGUGUCCAACCGCCUGGUUUCUUCCCCCUGUUGCAUUGUGACCAGUACCUAUGGCUGGACUGCUAACAUGGAGAGGAUCAUGAAGGCACAGGCUUUGAGAGACAACUCCACCAUGGGCUACAUGGCUGCCAAGAAGCACCUGGAGAUCAAUCCUGAGCACCCCAUUGUCGAAACACUGAGGCAGAAGGCUGAGGCUGACAAGAAUGACAAGUCUGUGAAGGAUCUGGUCAUUCUCCUCUUUGAGACUGCACUGUUGUCAUCAGGAUUUACCCUUGAUGACCCACAGACACACUCGAACCGCAUCUACAGGAUGAUCAAACUUGGUUUGGGUAUUGAUGAAGAUGACACAUCUACAGAAACUGAAACAGGCAGUGCCAACAUUGAGGACAUGCCCCCCCUUGAGGGGGAAGAUGACUCCUCCAGGAUGGAGGAGGUUGACUAAAAGUUCAACAUUAGUUUGAAAUCCAGUGCUGUAAAGUUCUGAUUUGAACAUGUGUAUGUGACCUUAAAUACUCAGUUAUUUUUUUUCCCAAGUCUAAGGGCAUCAGUGUCAUUCCAUUUUCCUUUUUUGUUCUUACAUUUUGUAUUUAUGUUUACAUUCCAUCUUUA